GGUGAAGAAAUUCUGUUGGCGAGAAGCUGGGUUCAGAUAAGCGGAUAAAGCGCUCGCCACGUUUUCGAGGCUGCCUUGUGUGUGUGUAUGUGCCAAAACAAAGCAGGAAAGCCAAGCUGCUAUCUAUAGUAACCACAGUCCGCCGGCGUGAGUGUCCUUUUUUGACAGCAACGAUCAUUCGCACAUGAUUGACAUCGGACCAUCGGCAUCCGUCGGAGUGUAAGCGUCCUUGUGCCUGAGUGAAAGUCCAUCAACGGCGCCUUUUUGGGAAAAUGAUUGAAAAUUUCGAAUCCAAGAUAACCUUCGAAAUACCGACGAACAUCGACUUUGACAAGCUCAUUCGUGGCAACAACUACACGCUCUUCUGGCAGAACCUGCACCAGCAGCAGCAACAGAGCGGCGGCGGCGGCGUCGGCAGUGCGCUCGGGGCGGCCGGUGCGGCCCGGCUCGGCGGCAUGGCCGACAGCGGAGGGUUUGGGUUCGCGUCGUCCCCAUCGGCCAGUCUGUUCGGUGGCAUCGAUUACAGUAACGGCAGCAGCGACUACGGGCUGCUCAACAGUCUGCAAUCCUUCGCCAAUCGUGGGGUUGGCCGCGAUGGGCUGGUCGGUUCCGACCAGCUGCUCGAUCCGACCUACGAACGGUUCAUCGGCGACGUUUGGGUCGGCAUCGUGCUCACGCUGAUGAUCCUUUCGUCCAUAUUCUGCAUGUGCUCCUGCUUCUUGUACCACAAGUUUCGCCAGUGGCAACGAAAUGUGUUGACCGCCCGCUCGCAAACCCUCUCGUCGAUGGACAUCGAAACGCCACCACCGUACGACGUGGAAUCACUGCCCAGCUACACGAUCGUGUCCGGGUUGCCGAGUUAUCAGGACGCCAUCGAGCAGCUAAAGCAGAAGCAGAUGAAGUACUACGAACCGGUCAAGGUGCACCGGCCGAGUGUAAUGAAGCUGUUCGAAUCGCAAGACCUCCUGGCGCCUGCCGGGACGAAUCCACCGAAGCUCGAGGAGAUCCGUUAUACCUUCGGCCGACCACUGUCAACGAUCGAAACGGAACCGGCAAGCAGCAGUUGCCAGCCGCAGCAGCAAACGAUCGUGAGCCUUCCGAUCGAGCAGCCUCCGCCACCUGGUGUCCUUUUGGGGCCACCGGUGUCGCAGGUGCCACCACCACCGCCAUACAAGCGCGAAAUUUCCACCAUUUCCACCGUGAGUUCACCGGCCGCCAUUUGUGUGCUGUCGCCGGCACCGGAUCAGGCCGGAAAUUCGACGGACGCGUCCACAGUGAUCCGCGUGUUGCCGCAGCAGAAGAAGCUCGGGGUGUGCCAUUACGCGAUCGAGAACGAACGGCUGGCCGGAAGAAGUUGAGGCAGCUGGAACGGCAGGAACGCAUCCUUCGCCCUAGUAUAGGGCCCGGGCUCGGUGGGAGCACAUACCGGAACAAACUGAAAACUCGAUGAUGAUUACAAAUCACUCUGACUGUGUUAUUAAAGAUUAAUUUAUUAGAUAGGAGAGAGGAUCGAGUUUUCGAGAGGCUUAUCAGACCCGGUUCAUGGUCCCAACUCGUUCGCUAACCGUGUAGGCAGUAGUACUCCUUUA